CAACUUUGAAGAUGUAACACAACGAAAUAUAUUAACAAGCAACAGUUUUUAUCAAAUUAAAUUACACCAGACAGAAGAAAAUUUACGGAGAAUAAAAGAAGAAGAAUCGAGACGUCGAAAAAUGUUGAAUGAUAAAUGGAAAGAUUUGCACAAGAAGGAGAAUGAUCUCAAGAAAUCAUUCAUAGAAUUUGAUGAGUUUAUAAUACAAAAUGAAGAAAAAAGGAAGAGGGCAACCGAAAAAAUAAGUAAAGCUAAAUUACUUUUAACAGAAAAAUCUCAGCAAAUCGAAGAGUUGGAAAAAAAAUAUGAUCAGUGCAAAGAACUCAAAGAAAUACUAGAUAAUGAUAUCAAAAAUCACUCAUAUAUUGAGAAGUACUUGUUAUCAGUUGUUAAUAAAAACCAUAAGAAGUUUUCCACCAUUGAAGACUUAUUGAAGAGAUUCGAUGCAUUACUUGAGGCUAGACAAAUUUUAUCUAAUGUAUUUGAGCGAUAUUUGACUCAAAUGGAAGAGACCAAAGAUGCGGUGAAUAAAAUGGUGAUGGUGAAAUGUGUUGAAAUCGCUGGUUUGAGAAACACUUUGACAGAUCUUCAUAACCGUUUUGAAACCGCUCGACAAUCUUGCGCCAAUUGGGAGCAAUAUCAUCAUAAAAUAGUCCUUGAAGCUAUGACCAAAGUUAUGGAAAUUCAGUCUGUGAAAGAUUCUAUAUGGCAAAUAUAUGAAGAUAUAUGCAUAAGAAAAGGUGUGGAAACAGUUUAUAGAGGAAAUUAUGCUAAACAAUUGGAGAUUAUUAAAAAAGCUUUAUUGAAAUUUAAUCUAGUUAAUAAAAUGGCUAAGGCAUUGGAAGUUCCUAGUGAUAAUGCUUCUUCAACUGAUAGUAUCGUUGUGAGCGUUGUUAAGAAAGUGUCAAAAAAACUUGGAGAUAAGUCUAAGAGCUUUGCUCGACAGCGUGAGAAAAACAAACGACAAGAAAGUACAUCCGAUUUGAGGGUUCUCCAGAAUUUGUUUGCUAAUGCACCUUCCACUCAAAAAAUACUAAUAGGAAAUUUGGACAAAAGAACACAGCAACAUUCAAUUGAAGAAAAUGGUAGGCAAAGUUAUGGACAUGGUAGUAGUAGUGACAGUUAUUUGGGGAAUUUAGAAAAUCAUAUUCACGAACAACAACUUGGACACUCAUCGACAUUUAUUUUAGAUAGACAUAGUAGUGAAUAUCUUAGUAGACGUAAAUCAUUGAUAGAUUUCGAGGAAGAAACGCUUGACGAAAUUCCGAACAAAUUGUUAUUGAAUUUGAAAGAAAAAAAUUCUAAAAUUCAACGCCGUUUCAGUACUUCCAGCUAAUCAAAAGAUAAAUUUCAAAAUUGGUGCAUAUUUAAUGGAAUUCACAUAUUGGGGUAAACACUAAUCAAUAAUAUAUGCGCCGUUCUGAUCCAUCCAUGACAUUCUGUCGCUUUUCAAAUAAAACCUCAAUUCAGUUAUUGGAGAACUUCUGAGACGACAAACUAAGCCAAGUUUGAAGGCGUCUUUAAACCAUUAAGAGAAUUUUGUAGAGGCCUGAAAAGUUAUUAACUAUUAAUAUUAAUCAAUUCUUAUCGUUUUUUAUACCACAUGCUUCAAUUACAUCAGUAAUAAUAAUCAUUUAUCGUCUUCAUAGACUGAAGGAAAACUCGGAGUAAUUAUGUGUAUGGUGUAGUGGUAGGGUAAAUAGUGAGUUCACUACCAACAACAACGGUUCCAGAAAAUUCAACUUAGUAAUUGUGAGUGUUGAUAUAGUGGUAGUGUUAACAGUUUUUGCUUAUGUUAGCUGUUUUUUUGGUUUUGGAUACAUUUUUACUCAUGAUUUUUCACAAUACAUCUCAUUACACCUUACAGAUAGUGCCAAUACUAACCAAAAUGAAAGAAAAUAGAUUUUACAAAAAACAAACUAUUUUCUAUUUUAAAUUUGGAUUGUGUCGUUUCCGAAAUCUACUUUUUGUCAACUAACUCGAUCCAUUUAUUGAAACCAUAUUUCAUAGUUUCAAGGUGAUUGCUAAUAUAUAAUAAAACAAUAAAUAGUACCAAAUGAGGACUCUAUACAUCAAUGAAUAAUAUUACUUGUUGAACAAACAUUGAUACUCCUAUUUCAAAUUAACAAAACUUUUGUAAAAUACAAUGAUUUUUAGAAUUA